AUGGGCGUACUACCUCCAUUGCCAAGAUCUGAGUCAGAUCAACCCAGGCUGAUUGCUGAUGGUCCUUCUAGUCAUUCUGGAGCUCUGAUUCCUGGUUGGUCAGUGAGGAAGCUCAAUCCUGCUCUUUUGAACAUAUACUGGGACCUGGUAGGCGCUCCUCUCGCGCUUCCGGUAAACGCGUCAGCAGAGACCCACGCUGACCGUCCUUGUGAAUUUUUAACGAAGUCGUGCGAUGCUACAAUGCCACGGAGGGCUGUAUUUACGGGGAAGCGUUCGGCGUACUGGUGGAAUAACGAAAUAGCGGAGCUUCAUAAGGUCGCCACUGCUGCCCGCAGGACUUAUCAGCGGGCCGGUCGCCGAUCGUCUACGUCUCCUCGAGAACAGGAGCGCGCGACAUAUCAAAGAGCGAGACUGGAUCUAAAACACGCAAUAAAGAAGUCACAGGCGGAUAGCUGGCGCCAGCUGUGUCUGUCUGUCGAAAACGAUCCAUGGGGCGUCCCAUACAAAUUGGUAUCAAAAAGACUCGGCAGCCGUGCCCCGGACUUGAGUCAUGACUUGGUAGUCAGCGUGGCCCAGGGAUUGUUCCCGUUGUCUCCCCACACCGACUGGGCUCGGAUUCCUAAUGUUUCCCAGCAGCCGACUGUUAUACUGGAUUUACCCCUGAGGCUCGAUAACGGCCAUCUGGCACCGCCCAUUACUGCUCAGGAAAUAAGCACCGCCGUCGCCAGGCUACCGUCAGGCAAGGCGCCGGGUCCAGAUCAAGUCCCGAACGAAGCCAUUAGAGUGGCCUAUAACCAAGUUCAUUUGCUCCACGGUGGCUGUUGGAUUCAUCCCAAACAUAACAUUCGGUGUUUUUUUUAA